CCUCCAAAUCAGAGGCACAGUACUCGAAUCCAAACCGAGUUGAGCGAAAGCCGUUUCCCAAAGCGAUCGAGCUAGCUUGUUUUCCCAGCGAGACACUGAUUCUGUUCGUGAGAUCGAGCGAAGGAGGAAAGGGGAAUUAGGAGCUGUUUGCGUGAGCCGAUUUCUGAUCAGUAGUACGUGAGAGAUGGCCUCCAACCAGGACAAGGCGAGCUACCGCGCCGGCGAGGCCAAGGCCCGCACCGAGGAGAAGUCUGGGCAAGUGACUGGCGCGGCCAAGGACAAGGCGUACGAGGCCAAGGACAGGGCGUCCGGCGCGGCGGGGCACGCGGCCGGGAGAGGGCAGGACGCCACGGAGGCCGCGAAGCAGAAGGCCGAGGAGGCCAAGUACAAGACUUCGGAGACGGCGCAGGCAGCAAAGGAGAAGACGGGGCAGACGGCGCAGGCCGCCAAGGAGAAGACGUCUCAGACGGCGCAGGCGGCGAAGGAGAAGACGGCGCAGACGGCGGAAGCCACCAAGGAGAAGACGGCGCAGACGGCGCAGGCGGCAAAGGAGCGCGCCAUGGAGAGCAAGGACCAGACGGGGAGCUUCCUGGGGGAGAAGACGGAGGCGGCGAAGCAGAAGGCGUCGGAGACGGCGCAGUACGCCCAGGAGAGGGCCUCCGAGGCGGCGCAGUACGCCAAGGAGACCGCCGUCGCCGGCAAGGACAAGACCGGCAGCGUCCUCCAGCAGGCAACCGAGCAGGUGAAGGGCGCGGUGGUGGGAGCCAAGGACGCGGUGGUGAACACGCUCGGGAUGGGGGGAGACAACGCCAGCAGCACCAACACCAAGGACACCACCGGCAGCGGCGCCACCGAGAAGAUCACCAGGGAUCACUAGAUGCUUAUUCCCUUUCGUUCCGUUUCUUGAGACUGUUUCGAGUUUCUGUUUGUAAGUUGGGACUGCGGUCGCGUGAGAAUGCAUGUGUUUGACGACAGAUCUAUCGGCGUGGUCGUCAGGCUUCUCGUUUUAGUUUCCAUUAUGUUGGGAUAAUAAUAAUAAAGUUGAUCUUGAGCUUGUAUUUGUACUUU